CUCCUAUCCCGUUCCUCACUUCCUCUCCAAGCGUUUUUUUCAAAAAUAGUUAAAAAUAACCUCCAUUGCAUUUCUCUUAAUUUUUUUUUGGUUUGCUUAAUAGCUUUUCAUUAUUCUUCUCUCUCUUCUAAUCGAACAUCGAGUGUUGAUUUUUCGAUUUUUUCUCAAAAUUUUGUUUGAAUAAUUAGAGAAGAUUAAUUGUUUGAAAGCUGCGGUGAGCUAAAGCUAUGGGGAGAGGGAAAAUAGUGAUAAGGAGGAUCGAUAACUCGACGAGCAGGCAAGUAACUUUUUCGAAACGAAGGAAUGGAUUGCUGAAGAAAGCUAAAGAGCUCGCGAUCUUGUGCGAUGCUGAAGUUGGAGUAAUGAUUUUCUCCAGCACCGGAAAGCUCUACGAUUUCGCUAGCACCAGCAUGAAAUCAGUAAUCGAGCGAUACAACAAAACAAAGGAGGAACAUCAACAACCGGAGAAUCCAACCUCUGAAGUCAAGUUAUGGCAAAGGGAGGCAGCAGUUCUUAGACAACAACUGCAAAACCUGCAAGAAAAUCACAGGCAAAUGAUGGGUGAGGAACUUUCUGGAUUGACCGUAAAAGAUUUACAGAAAUUGGAGAGCCAGUUGGAAAUGAGCCUUCGUGGUGUCCGUAUGAAGAAGGACCAAAUGUUAAUGGAUGAAAUUCAAGAACUGACCAGAAAGGGUAAUCUCAUUCAUCAAGAAAAUGUGGAACUCUAUAAGAAGGUUUACGGAACAAGGGAUGUCAAUGGUGCAAACAAAGAAUUGGUAGUCACAAAUGGUCAAAGCAUUGGGGAGGACGUACAUGUGCCUGUCCAGCUCCAGCUAAGCCAGCCACAGCAGCAAAACUAUGAAACACCAACAAGAGCUACAAAAUUGGGGUAUAUAUUCCUUCAUACAGUAAAUGAAUCUUAUUAAAAAACCAAUUACUUUGCCACAAACUGAUCUCCAGCUUUUUGCAUGGUAACCCAGCAGAUUGCAAUUGCAUUAGCAAAAGAAGAUGCAUUAAAGUGGGCUUGGAUGUCACUCAAUUUGUAUCAACAAAUAGCUCCUGGUUCCAAAAGUUAUGCCUCUCAUAGUAAGAUGUUUUAUGUUAAAACCAUUGAUCAUUCAGCCAAAAGAAAAAUUGGUUUGAAAAUGAUUAAACAAAUGAAAUUUAGCAUGAGUGUGAUGAUAAAAAAAAGCAGCUAGUUAUGUAAAGAUAAAUUAAGUGUAAUAAAGAAAUAUAAUAUGAAGGAGAAACGGACAA